AUGGCAGCGGGGCAGGAGGAGUGCGCGUUCCUCUACCAGGACUCCGCGCACCCCGCCGGCUUUCUGGACGCGUUCCGGGCGUUUUACCUGGACGGGCUGUUCACCGACAUCACCCUGCAGUGCGCUUCUUCGGGGGUCAUCUUCCGCUGCCACAGAGCCGCCUUGGCGGCUUGCAGCAAUUAUUUCAAAGCCAUGUUCACAGCCGAUAUGAAGGAAAAAUCUAAAAACCAGAUCAGACUUCCCUGGCUCAGCCACGCCGUGCUGGAAGCCCUCGUGAAUUAUGCAUAUACAUCACAGAUCCAGAUAACAAAGGGAAACGUCCAAAGCCUGCUCCAGGCUGCAGACCUCCUCCAGUUCCUGUCAGUAAAGAAAGCCUGUGAGCAGUUUUUGGUGAGGCACUUAGACACUGACAACUGCAUAGGGAUGCACUCCUUUGCCGAAUACCACAAUUGUUCAGAGCUAGAGAAAGAGUCCAGGAGGAUAUUGUUAUGGCAGUUUGAAGAAGUGUGGAAGCAGGAAGAGUUUCUGGACAUUAGCAAGGAGAAGCUCUCUUAUAUUCUCUCCAGAGAGAAUCUCAAUGUUUGGAAAGAAGAGGUAGCCAUCGAAGCUGUAGUUAAGUGGGUUGCACACAAUGUGGAAGAAAGAAUUGAAGAUGUCUGUGAACUAUUGAGCUGCCUCAGAGUGGACUCAGAUAACAUGUAUUUGAGGUCAGCUUUAAGCCUGCAGAAAAAAUGCCGACUUAAUGACAGUAAGAUAAGGUCACUCAUAUACAAUGCCUUGAACCCCAACCUCAAAAGCCCUUCCAGAAGACCCACAGCAGCCAUGUAUGUGAUUGGAGGAUAUUAUUGGCAUCCCUUAUCAGAAGUGCAUGUUUGGGAUCCUUUAACUAAUACAUGGGUCCAGGGAACAGAGAUGCCAGAUCACACCAGGGAGAGCUAUGGGGUCACUGGCUUGGGACCAGACAUAUAUGUGACAGGGGGUUAUAGAACAGAGAGCAUUGAAGCUCUGGACACCGUGUGGAUCUAUAACAGUGAGAAAGAUGAAUGGGCAGAAGGCUGCCCCAUGCUUGAUGCAAGGUAUUACCACUGCGCAGUUUCUGUGAGCGGCUGCAUCUACGCGUUGGGUGGUUACCGGAAGGGAGCUCCAGUGCAAGAAGCUGAGUUCUAUGAUCCUCUAAAAAAGAAAUGGUUUCCCAUUGCAAACAUGAUCAAAGGUGUUGGAAAUGCCACUGCCUGUGUCCUGCAUGAAGUCAUCUACGUAACUGGAGGUCACUAUGGAUACAGGGGAAGCUGCACCUAUGAUAAAAUCCAGAGGUACCAUUCAGGUAGCAAUGAGUGGAGUAUAGUCACUACAAGUCCACAUCCAGAAUAUGGAUUGUGUUCAAUUACAUUACAAAACAAGAUCUAUUUUGUGGGUGGACAGACCACGAUCAUGGACUGCUAUGACCCAGAGCAAAACGAGUGGAAGCAAAUGGCUCACAUGGUGGAGAGAAGGAUGGAGUGUGGUGCUGUGGUUAUGAACGGAUGCAUCUAUGUAACAGGAGGAUAUUCUUACUCAAAAGGAACAUAUCUGCAGAGCAUUGAGAAAUACAACCCUGAACUGAAUAAAUGGGAAGCAGUAGAUAAUCUUCCCAGUCCUAUGCGGUCACAUGGCUGUGUCUGCGUGUAUAAUGUGUAA